CUAUAAAGUCUAUACUCUAUGUUGAGCAAAGAUGUAGAGUGCUGUAGUCUAUGUUUUACUGCUGCUGACGGAUCAUGUUUUGAAGUGGGUAGAAGUUGAAUGUGUUAUUUUUGUGAUGAGUGUUCGUGUUAUAUAUAAGAAUGCCAAUCCAGGCGCCUCAAUGGACGGACUACCUGAACUGUCCGGUGUGCUGCCGCGAGUUCGGCGCGCCGCCGCGCAGCCCUAUCAGCCUCAGCUGCGGCCACACGCUAUGUAGGCAUUGCCUCAAGCAUCUCCACAGGAAACAAUGCCCCUUCGAUCAGACUGCUAUCCAGCUGGAGCCGGAGGAGUUAGUGGUGAACACAGCGCUGCUGCAGCUGGCGGGGUACUCGCCGCCCGCGCAGCCGUACCAUCCGCCGUGCAUCCAGCUGUUGCCCGAGAAGGACCGGCAGGCGUACGAUGUGAUCGUGCGCUGCAUGGAGCAUCUCGCGGUCUACCUUAAGUACUGUGGAAAUGCUAACAACAGUAUGGCGGGAAGCAGGCUGUCGCGGCCCAUGCAGCGAAAGUUGGUGACCCUGCUGCAGUGCGCUAUGAUAGAUGAGGAGGGGCGCGGGAGAGCGGCGCGGGCGGCGCGCUCCCUCGGCGAGAGGACCGUCACAGAACUUAUCCUGCAACACCAGAAUCCGCAACAGCUGAGCGCGAAUCUGUGGGCGGCGGUCAGGGCCCGCGGCUGUCAGUUCCUGGGUCCCGCCAUGCAAGAGGAGGUGCUAAAGUUGGUGCUCUUGGCUCUGGAGGACGGCUCCGCACUCUCCAGAAAGGUUUUAGUGAUGUUUGUUGUCCAAAGACUGGAGCCACACUUCCCUCAGGCUUCCAAAACUAGUAUAGGCCACGUAGUCCAGCUGCUUUAUCGAGCUUCUUGUUUUAAGGUUUCAAAACGCGAGUGCGACUCGUCCCUGAUGCAGCUGAAGGAGGAGUUCCGCACGUACGAGUCCCUCCGGCGCGAGCACGACGCCCAGAUCGUGCAGAUCGCGACCGAGGCCGGCCUCAGGAUAGCGCCGGACCAGUGGAGCGCGCUGUUGUACGGCGAUACGGCGCACAAGAGCCACAUGCAGAGCAUUAUUGACAAGCUGCAGACGCCGCAGUCGUUUGCACAGUCGGUGCAGGAGUUGUUCAUAGCGUUGCAGAGGACCGGCGACCCUGCGCAGCUGGUCGUCAUGAGCUUGCACCUCGACAGGCUCGCCAAUAUCGACGCUAGUCCAGAAGCGAAGAGUCCUUCGUGGCAGCAACUGGCGGAGCUGAUGACGUCACUGAAGGAGGUGGUCUCCGGUUUGAUACAUUACCUGCAGCAGCAGACGGGGGCGCGCGACGCCAAUCACAACGCGAAACACGACCGGUGCCAAGAUCCCACCACCAGUCAGUCUACGAGCCAGUCUGCAGUAACUACCCCGACCCACAAGUACAAGAUGUCGAUGUGCCGUGAUGCCACCUCCCGUGCCUACUGCCCCCGCGGCAACUCCUGCGCCUACGGCCACCCUGAUGACGAGCUAGAAAGAGUCCGUAUGAUUUCAUCAAAUGGGCAUUACGGGUUCAUUUCUGGCGUCGGCAGCGUGGGUGGCGUGCCUACCGUGACCAACAUGAUGCCGCCACCCGGCUCCGGGGUUCCGAGCAUGUCGGGCGUGGGCGGCGUCCCGGUCGUCUCCGGCAUCCACGGCGGUGGCGUGCCUCUCAAUAACGGACCAGGCAUGGCCAGCACGAACAGCGUAUCUGGAGGAUUAGGCAAUGUAAACAACUUGCCGAGCGGCAUCCCCAAUGUGAGCAGCGUGCCAAGCGGCAUGCCCAAUAACGUCUCGGGCGGCAUGCAGUCGAUGCCGCAGCCCAUACAACUGGUGCCGCAGCUGUUCAACCCGUAUCCGAUGCAACCACAGAGUCAGCCGCAGCCGAUUGGGCAGUCGAUCGUCCAGCAUAUGGACACCUACAAUUCACAAUCGGUGCAACACAUUCAGACUGUCAUGUCGGAGCCUCCUCCGGAAAGCAUGGACGUGCAGUCAUCCUACUCUUCGGGAAUAAUCCACGCGCCCCAAGGCAUAUAUGACCCGAACAACACCAACUAUAACUACAACGUGGGAUUCCGACGCAUCGAGUACUCGCCGGUGUACCCUGUGGCUGAGCCGGUGCCUGUGCAAGUCCCCGUCCCGAGCGUGUACGUGCCCGUCACACGAAACGUCAGCAGAUUCUCCUACGAUGAACCAAUUCAAGAAGAGAUGCGCGAGGCCCUCAAGGCGGCCACGUUCACGCCGAUCAGCAGCGACCACGAGUCCAGCGCGUGGGGAAUCGGCGGAGUCAAGCGCAUCCACGGCGGCUCUGACGUUUACGCUUAUGACAACGCGUUUGAGUCGCUGCCAGUUAGAGCACAUUGUUCAGAAUCGAUUGAUGGGCUAUACACAUGCGACCGUCGCGCAGUCGGUACCGAACGCAGCAUCACCGCCACCAGUCGCAGCUCCUCUGAGGUGGCCGAGGAUAUUUGUUCACAGCAACAGCUCGAAAAGGAGCUCGAGGCACUGGAACGUCGGAUCGACACAGAGUUCAAAAGCACAGACUAGGCGUCACAAGUAAACGCGCCACGAGGAAACGCCGCGGGGCCCUUCGUCGCGUUCUCUUAUUAUUUGUUCUUCGACAUGCGCCCGAGUCGCUGGGUCCUUCGAGUCGGUUUAAAAGCAAAUUCAAAAAUCGUAAGUUUUCAUCGUUUAAGUAUUCUAGUCGCAUUAUCGCAUUUAUGUAGCGAGAUAUUUGGAAGUUUAAAUUGUAUCCGUGCGUGUGACCCGGCGAUUCGUCGCGCCUCUGUUUAGUUAUAAUUUACUGAUGUUGUACCCGCGCCAGGUCAUUGUACCAGACCUGCGGCGCGACGCUGAUUCUCAUCAACCUUUGUUUUCGUCAUUUACCUAUAUUAUACUUAUAUUUAUUUUUUUCCCGUUAUGAAAUACACGUUUACAUAUUUUGUUUAUUUCGUUAGUAGUGUAAUAAGCAGUGGCGUUCGCCACUUUUCGGCCGCGUAUUGGAUACGAAGCCAUAUUUAUAAGCUAUAUAAUCGCACGUUAGCAUUAAGCUCUAACGGGUUAUAUACCCCACGCGUCAAUACUAUAAUUUGUAAAUAUGUGGAAUGAAAUUACCGAUAUGUUGACAUGUAUCCACACGGUAAAGCUAAAAUCAUAUUUGAAUAAAUAAUAAGUGUCGUGAUAGUAGUAGGAUGGUUAGUGUUUUAAACACGGUGUAGAUUUCUGUUGGCAUGCGAGUUCAGUAUUCAGACCCGACGUCACGACGGCGUGCGGCGUCAACGCGACGAUAGAUGGCGCUAUAACCAAUAUACGCACACUGCGCCUACGUUCACACACGUGGACAUUUGAAUGAAAUUUAAAAUGUCGCAAUUUACACGUUCGCACGCGUACUCACAACCGAAAUAGGUUCGAUUUCAUAGUUAAAAAUUGUUUUGUCUAGUAUUUUACGUUAUAAACCGACCCGUGUGGUAGUCAUUACGACACCAGUAACACUAAUUCAUUUCCCCGCCCCGCUCGACAGCGUCGGCGAGUACACCCGCACUCUUGGCUUUUAGUCUAAUCGUAAAGAUGCUAGAUAAUGUUAUUAUGCGUACAUUAAAGGUCGAAAACAAUUUUAAGGCUGGUGAUACAACUAUUUAUUGUUUACGGUGUAGAAGGAAAUCUUGAAAGUAAUUAAGACUGUAAAGUAGAUAUAGCUGAGAGAUUCAACUCAACGCCCCACAUUUUGUAUAACCUAAUUUAUUUUAGUUAAUAUUAAUGUCAUUUAGAUAUUUUCAAAGUCAUACCUUGCCGAGUGAUAUUGACGGCUUUGAAUGUAAUAUGUUUACAAAGUAUGUGAUUUUAGGAUGAACGCUGUUGACCGUUCUAUACUCUAAUGCAUUUAAUAAACUUAUGUUAAUGUAUGCCACGGGUCUCGCGUCAUCUAGACCAUCUAUUUAAUGUAAUAAUUUUUUUAUGAAUUUUUGAUUUGAAUAUAUUUUUUAUAUUUAAACGUCUGUUUAAUGACUAUAUAAUAUUAUAUAAGCUUAUGCAGUGCAAUUUUGUGAAAUGGUGUGGUUUUGAGCGUUGUAAGCAUAAUAUCGAAUAAUGUAAUUGUUUACAUCUAAUGUGUUGGUUUGCGACAUUCUCUAACGCUUCGAAACCACCGGAGCAAUAUCGAAUGCAAUAUUUCCCAUAAUAAGGGCUGUGAUCUUGGCUAUUUAUAGAUGCACAUCGGCUCUGAGCUUGUCCCGCUGUGUGGGAAGGGUCGGUACUUACAUAUAAUGAACUUUUGGCAUAUUCGCUUUGGAGAUCUUUAACCGGGAAAGCUACAACAAAUAUCUCGAUUAUUUGUUUAUCAUGCACGGCUCCUGAUGGGGGUCACCGGGUCCGCGAUCCCCCACAAGUCCAUGUAAUGGCGUCUCACAUCGUGACCUCCAGUAGACGGAGCCGAGCUCUAACCAAAAACGCGCGGCUGUUGUAUUAAAGUUGUUUCCUAAAUUAUAAUAUAUCGCUAGGCGUCGGGUUGCGUCUUUCAGUUUUAUUUUUAUAGAAUAUAUUAUUGGGGACGCGGGAGUCUCCAAUGAGUUGUGGAUCAUCGCAUUUGUUUAAGAAUGCAUAGAUUUUUUUUCUUUCUAUAUAAACUAAUCUACGGGCGCACGUCGUCCAUGUAAGUAAUUGUAAAUUUUAAUUUAUAUGUAUAAAUGGUGAACCAUUUCGAUAAUGUUUCGAUGGAACAAGCGACGUCAUAUCAUGGUGGUCCGAGCGCGACGCCGGCGAGGAACACACGACACGUACUAUUAACGAACUGUUGAUCUCCUUUUAUGAUUGUUUUUCCUCAUUCGGCCUCCAGUCGCGUUCGCGGCUACCUAUGUCGCCAUUUUUGUUAGCUGUCAGGUUGACGUUAAGGGUUUCACACACUGUCUGUCCUGCGUGUGGCUGUGCGCAUGCAGGUCUCAGACCAGAACGCGUCAUGACAAUCCUACUACAUCCAAUCCGAUCAUGUCAUAGUUUGUUUCACUUGUUCGCAAUAUAGUUGUUAGUUGAUGACGCUGCAGUAAUGAUAGUCUCGAUAUUUACAAUUGACACGUAUUCUGAGUGUUGUUCGUGAACGUGUCCCGUAGCCGGACGCGGGCAGUGUUUUAAACCCUUUAGGUGUGCGGAGGCCCUCUGUAUUCGGGCCCCGCGUAGUAACGGCUGGUAUAUUUCGUAAUUCAAUAGGGUGUACGAUUUUUUAAUGUGAUUUUGUUUUUUUUUUAUAUAAAAUCAGUACAAGUAGUUGAUUUUUUUCAAAAUAUUUAAUGUAACCCUUUUGCUUGAACUUUGGGAUGUAUUUAAAUACUUAUAUGUAAAAUUAAUUAUAAAUUAACUAAUGUGUGAUUUUUGGGAUCUCCAUGGAGCCCAUUAAAAGUAGAUUAUAGAUUUAUUUCAUAGUUGGAGUUUUCCUAUUAUUUUUGUUGCGUAGUUUUGUUUUUUUAUUUUAGUCACUCUAAAUAAAAACAAAAAAUAUC